GGCAGAAGCAAUGUCACUGUGUCACCCUAAGACACUAUAUCUGAUGGAUUCCCGCAUACGUAUGCCACUGUCAGCUGUCAAGCCGCUGCCGCCCUAUAGGGGACUCACCAUACCGAAGCUGACCACACGGCUCGGUUCCAUCCCACAAGAUGGAGGGGUGACAGGAUGGAACCAAAUGUUUCAUUGGCGCGUACCAAAAAUUGUUGGGCAGAAAGGAAGGAAAGAGAAAGUACCAUGUAUAACGGUAUAAUUUCCCGCCGGGCUGCCUAUCGUGAGGUCGGAUCAAUGGGGCUUGAAUUCCGCCUAGGAAGGAUUAAAGCAUGCAAGGAUAGACGUGGUUCCGUCGGCGAGUUUUUCCCUCCAAGCAUUUCUGGAAGGAUUUGGAUUCAACCAGCGGUCAUCACUGCAUGGAUAAACGCGAACAGAACAAGAGAACGAAAUGAUGGCGGACUCAAUCGUGAUUUCGCCUGAGAGUGUUUCGGGCUUUUCCGCGGAAGCUCAGCAGCCUUUGGUGCCUACCUCUACUCGACGAUAUGGACUUGGAGAAAUGAGCAAUGGCGAUUGCGAUGCUAACCUGGCCGAAGAUCCCAAGGCACACAGGCCAAUGGAAAGACGAGCAACGGGCAACGGGCGGUUUCCUAUCCGUGUCAAUGGCGCCAGCGUUAGUUCUUCGUCGACAAUAACAUCUACGGUUGCCGUGGUUCGCCCCGCGGAUUCGAAACCACCGCCCAUUCCCCAGAGAUCGCACUUCAGGGGCGUAUCCCAAAGCCCGUCCUUGGUCAACAAAAAACUGGGAUUGAUACCCCUUGCCUUACAAAGAUCCAAGGGUGCGGGGUCGAGAAGCAGUUCGGUGCCUCCUAGAUUCUCUCGAGGUCUGAAGCCAAAUGGGACCCAUGUGACUCGGACUCAGUUGCCGGUCUCUAGGGUAUUCAUCAGAAGUCAAUCUCGUGGAGCAAGUCGAGUUGGAAACAGUCCGGUGUUCACCAACCCUUUCAGACGAGAAAGCGCGACACUUGGAACACCCGCCAGCGUCUGGGAACUGGCAGUCCUUCCGGUGCGCCGAGAUGCUUCUCAGAGCCGUGAUCCGCUCCGCGAGGUCGCUCGCGGUGUUCUCUACUCGAUAUCACAAGUCCAUUCAGCUGUUCAGAGCAUGUCGAAUUUUGUCGUCAACCAUGGGGCUGGAUCCAGCCUCGAAGCCGCCCUUGAGAAAGCCAGUUUCCACUUCCACGAGCUGGAACAAGCUAUCCAUGCUUUGGAUCUCAUGACUGGCACACGUGGUGUUGACUGUCCGAAUCGAUGGUCUCUUCAGCAGGCGCUGUCGAGCCUCGUUAGUGCCUACAGCCAGAUAUGUGGUGAACUUGGUGGCUAUAUCGACAUGUUCGUGGAUAUUGGGGAUGAGAGGUACCUUCGAACCUUCCUCAUGCUUGUGUACCACAGCAUCAUGGAGCUCCGCGCAACCAUGGGAUCACCUCCAGCGCCUGACAUUGACGCGGCAGCGACGCUUAAACCCCGACGUCGGACACCAUGGUCCACAAUUCUAACGCCGUUUAGAAGAGGUUCAACGAGGAACCAUUCCCCAUUAUCGUCUUUUGAAAGCCCCAAACCCCCGGGUGGCCUUGAGUCUGCUCGAGGGGGUGUCAACAUGCAAGUCAGGACGGACUUACCUUAUCCUGGGCCAGGGGGCGCUCCAACACGGGCAAUAGCAGUGGCAACGACGGAUUCGGCUCCGACUUUCACCUCUGCAAAGAGCACCGGCAUCACCACAGCGCCGACAUGGGUAGCGAAACUGGAUAUUCAGCCAAUACCAAUAACUCCAGAGCCACCUCCCACUGCCACCUCGUUUCCUCUUCCAUCUUUCUCCUCGCUCACCCCUUCCUAUAUGUCUAACAAUGCCGCACCAGAUCCGACUGAUGCGCCGUUCGAUGUGCUUUUUUUGAAAUUGAAGUCGGCAACCUCCCAGAUCCUUCACACCAUCCCACCGCUGAUCUCCUUGUUCGCGCAUUACCAUCACCAGGUCCACUCUAGUCCAACACUGAGGGAAGCGGCAAAGGCCUGGACCGUCCUCUUGACCAGUGGCGUCAAAGUGCAGAAACAAACGGAAGCUUUGCGGGAGAGAUUGUCCACUUUGAGGGUCGGCGACCCGGCAUUGUUCUCCCCUCCAUCCAGUGCACGAGGAAAUCAGACACGGAGUGGUUCGGGCCACGGAUCGGCAUCGGUUUCUUUUUGGGAUGUAUGUGAGGGUUUAUACACCACUUGGGCUGAUUUUGGGGAUCUGUUGAAGACGGUGUUAGUGAAGUCGAAGGCUUUGGCAGCGGAGGGAACGAAAACGAAAACGACAGAGCUCAACUUGACACUUUCACUUGCGCCGGAAACACUCAAACAGCUUGGCAAUAUAUCGCGAGGACUCAAGGACGCAGCCGAAUUGAGUGUCAUCGUCAGGAGGCAGAUACAUGUGCAGCAACAGCAGCAGCAGCAGCAGCAGCAGCAAGUUCAGCCCGUCGUGCCGCCUAUCACCAAAUCACAGGGGCCGGAUAAACCUAUGGUGCGGAUGAGAGAGCGCGACAGAGCACGGGAAAGAAGCAUCAGUCCCAGGACAAGAGACAUAAGUGGAAGCGCUGUUCGAGCGGGAACGCCGGCGGCGAGAAGGUUGCAGCAAAUGCAGAUGGAGAUGCAAUCACUCCCGCCUCUGCCCAUGACACCGCAGAGUGCAGCGCUGGGACCGGCGUUUAGGGCUACAAAACCCUCUUCUUUUGGCUCGUUUUCUGGAUAGUGGGACAUGUCACAUCAUUCUUGAGGAAGGAGUGACGGGAAGGGAUGAUGGUGUCGAGUGGGGUGAUUCCUUCCAUUUUCACUCGUUUCUGUAAGUGCACCUGACUGCAAUGGUAACCUCGGUCCUGAUGGACGAUGGACGUCACUUUUGCACGAUAUUGUCGGGCAGUUUCCGCCAGAUAGAGGGCCUACUUCGCCAUACGGGUUAUGUUGCGGACCUUUGGGGUACUCAGAGACGUUAUUGCUUGUUGCCCCAUCGCCACUUGGGACAUAGCACGCCGUCUUAGCGUACGAUACAUCAGUAGUCGUUCAAUAUUGCAUCAGGCCCAUGGAAGGUUGGGGGGUUUUUUUUUUUCCUGAAAAGCAACUAUGUUGGCGGAUACCACAGCGUCACGCUUCCUAAGGCUUGAGCUGGAUUAUGGUCCGGCUAAGCAUUGAUCGUCCUGGUCAUAGGCUGCAUGUAGCAACACAGUGAUUUUCCCCUCCAUCCCGGAGGAAGAAAGGCAGUGUCUGAAUUCGACGUCCUGGAGGACCGUUUCACGUUGAAGGAAGCGAUACAAUUGGACAGGCCUUUCGUUCUGAAGAAGAGAUGGUUCUUGCGGAUCUGCCUAAAGCCAUCGAAGUAGACGAAUACGACGACUCGAUUAUGUGAACGGCGAGCUAGGCUGGCUUUUCGACAUGUUAUAAAAGGGUGAAACGGUAGACGAGAUCGAAGAAUAGUUUUACGAAAGACUGCUAGAGGUGCCUCCCAUAUUCCCGAUAUAAGCCAG